AUGAAAAUUUAUAGCCAUGAUGCAGGGGAAGAGUAUGCUGAUGUCAACAAGGAUGACCUCAAAUUUGGGGGCUUAUAUGAAGGUCUUAAGGCGAACAGGACAGAAGACGGCCGGAUUCUGCUCUUUAGGCCUGAACUUAAUGCUCUAAGAAUGAAGAUGGGUGCAGAGAGAUUGUGCAUGCCAUCUCCUUCUACUCAGCAAUUCACUGAUUCUAUAGAGCAAACAGUCCUAGCCAACAAGCGUUGGGUAUUGACAUUUUCACUUCGGACCCUGCACUUCUGGAACUUACAAUUCAACUACUUAGUUUUCGAUAUGAUUGCACCAGGUGUUUUACAAUUCAACUACUUAGUUUUCGAUAUGAUUGCACCAGGUGUUUUACAAUUCAACUACUUUUACCGAUCGAUAUUGAUACCGAAACUCAGUAUAUAA